AUGGCGGAGAAGUGUGGUCGACGACGGGCAGUAGUGGCAACAUGGGAGGGUCUUGCGGGUAAUGCCGAUCUGCGACCGCGCAACACCACACCAGGCGGUCGCACGGACGUCCAGGAGCAAUGUGGAUGCGACACAGGGAGCGCGCAAGACGAGACGAUGCUUUUGGCGUCGCCAGAGGCUGACAAGGCUGCACCAAGAGCCACACCGAUCUUGGCUGCCAAGUCGAUGCUGAAGGAGCCCUGGAGCCGGAUUCGUCCACUUGUUCAGAAGGGCUCGUGUAACUGCGCGAGGACGAUGCGCAAUGCGGAAGACAGCUCUCGCUUUGUACAGAAGGGGUGA